AUGAAAAGAAGAGAAAUACUCACAAAACUCCAGGACAACGGCUGGGCUGACAAAGGAGUGGAUGAAGUGCUGGAGCAAUACGAUAGAGCCUUGCGAGCGUUAUCCUCACAACUGGGCUCAAAACCAUUUCUAUUUGGGAAUCAGCCGACGGAGGCGGAUGCCCUAUUGUUCGGGCAUUUAUUCACAAUAAUCACCACCAAACUGCCAUGUAUGGACCUGAAGAACGCCAUACUUAGUUACGGGAAUCUUCAGGAAUUCUCGACUCGAUUUGAAACUGAAUAUUUCAAAAUAUAG